AGUUAUUAUCUUAGUCUUCAAAGAAUGGGAGGAGCAUGCUCUGGAACAAAACCAUAGCCUAAAUAGAAAUAGAAAUAGCAAGAAUUAAAUAUAGUUGAAUAACCAUAUUUACAGGUGCAAUCAAUUAGCUAACCAUAAUCAAGGCCUCCAGAAUAAAGAAGUGAAACUGGUCAAUCUGUAAAGGAUUUGCUAUAUUAAUAUAAAAAGUUCACAGAUUUUUUAGGAUUAGUAGGUAAUUUGGAUCAUUUGCCAAACCAUACAAGAGAUUAAUUGAAUAAUUGUAUUAUAUAGAGAUCCAAUAUUAAUAUACUAAUAUAGAAUAGUAUUAAAAGAAUUAUGAGGGAGUAAAAAAUAAUAAAAAGGGUAGAAGAAAGUGAUUAUUAUUUAAUUCAUAAUGAUGAGAAAUUUGCUAUUACAUUUGUGUAAUUAAUGUAAAAAAUAUCAAACAUAAUAUUGACUGAACUUCAAUCAGACUCAAAUUUUUAGGAAGCUUUUCCAAUGUUAAUUGUUUCAUUUGUUGAUUUAGCAACAUAGAUAAGCAAAGAAAUAGAUAUUUUUUUAAAUUUCAAAACUCAACCAAUCAAAAUAUAGAAUACCAAACAUCCGAUUUCUUAAGAUUAUUAAGCAACAACUCAUAAAUGAUUUCU